GUUCUUCGUGUACAACGCGCCUCCCGGCGUGGAGAUCCGGGGUGACCCGCGCGCCCCACCCUUGGACGACGUGCGGCCGGCGUGGGUCCGGGACGAAGACGCCGCGUCGAUGCUCAGGGAGGACGAGGACUUCUCCCUGCUGGGCAACGGCCGCCGCACCAACCCCGCGAGCAGCUCGAUGGACAGAAGGGCGGCCGUGAAGGCCGUUGCGAAUGGCGACGAGACAGUGGUCUGCGUCACGGACUUCAGGCAGCGCCCCAUGCUGUGGCUCCAGCCGGAGGAGUGGGCCGAGCUGCUGAAGAUGCUGCCGUCCCUCCGCCAGCAGCUGCGCACGGCCGAGAGGGCGGUGGAGGAGCUCGACGAGAAGGGCGCCCUGAUGCGGGACUACAACUUGCGCAGGCAACAGAUCGUGGACAAGCACAGGGACAAGAGGAUCGGUAGGAUGGGCUACGGAGACUUCCGCCGGCCCUACGAGACCGGCAAGGUCGGGCCCAAGGCGCGGGCGCGCUUGGUGAAGACCACGAAGGAGGAGCUGGAGGACAUCGCCCAGCGCGGCAUGGAGUGAGCAAGGAGCGG